GGUUUAUUUUAUCACGGGAUAGGAAAGAGAGAUUAAUAACAAAGUGAAUAUUAUGUCCAGUUCGGACCACCCUUACCCCAUUACUUUACUUCCAAGUCCCGACCUCCAACAACAAUCAUUUUCUCAACAUCCUUUAUUGUUUAUUUAUUCUCUUCCACAAUUAAACUCGACUUCCAACCUCCAUUUCUGGUAACAGCAGCAAUCAUGGAUACAAUCAUGAAAGACACAAACGAUGCUAAUAAACAACGCGAUCAUCACACGAAUGUCUUCAAAGAUGCUGCAGCUGCUGCAAAAACUGCUAUCGUCUUUACAGACAUCGUAGAGAUUUCUUCAGAUGAUGGAUCUUCUGAAGACUCUGUUAACGGUGAUAAUGAUCAGGAGAAUGUUGGCAAGCAACUCAUCAACAAUGCAAAGCAAACUGAUGGGACGCAAACUGCUAAGACAGGCAACAUCAAACCAGUUGAAGGGAUUGUGGACAAACGUUUAGGAAAAUCCUACCCAAGAGUUCAAGGGGGGAAGAUCUCAAAAACAACCAAGGAUCUAUUAACUGCACAAAAGGUUGUUCCCUGUCGCGCAGACUCGUCUGUUGAUCCAGCUAGACCAGAUCAACUUCAUGUGCCAAAACCUCAAUGCAAGGACGCUAAAUCAGGUCGAGGCCAAAUACCUGAAUACCCGAGACCUAAUGUAUCGAGAGGAUUCAAAGGAGUCGUGUAUACUCCAAGGGCCUUGAACUCGAAGGUAUUGCCAAAAUACAAAGAUAGUCCUCAUGGCUAUUACUCCCAGCGAGAGUCAAACCUCCCUUAUUUGCCCUUCAUACUUCAAAUAACAAUACUUCGAUCUUUGCAAACCGCAUUAGAGUCUAUGUGCUAUCGAUUUGCACAAAAGUGGCUUCCUAAGAUAAUAGAUGAGAACAUAUGGGAGUGUCCCGAAAAUGUAGAGUUAAACCUAUGGUGGGGUGUAAUCUGCCAGUGUCAGAUACCAGUUGAAGCCAUUGCUCAGGAAGCACGUUAUUCUCUCAAUACCCUUUUCAUACGAGUGACGGGGAUACGCCAUCUUGCAGUACAUAGACUCACACAGGUCGCAAUCAGUAGUAUCAAGUCAAUGAUUGGAGAUGCUCUGGCAAUUGCACACAUAUUCCGUGACGAUAUUUUCGUUCCGAAGUUUAAUCUCUGGCAAGAGAAGCUCGAUUAUUGUUUGGAGGUUUAUCGGAAGGCAUCCGGUAAGCCAAUCAUAGUCCGUAGACUCGAUGCUAUCAAGACUCUGAAAGAGGACAAUGCCGUUGAUCAGGAUAAGCUCCAAAAAGAGAUUUUUGCGCUAAAAGCCGAACUUCUGAAAAAAGAACAGAAAAUGGAGCAGUUACGCAAAGAGUAUAGCGCUCACCUGAGAAGUGAAACCGACACUAUAGAACUUGCUCGCAUUGGCGGUAAGCUCAACGAUCAGGAAAUUAAACAGCUUGGAGAUUUCAAAUGCCUUGAAGAAUGCUUUACGCUGAAUUUUGACAGAAAUGCACCUAAUCCUGAGCCAGCGGAAGACUUCUCAGGCGAGCUUAUUGCAUUGUCAAGAGUCGGUCAAAUCGAAUUUCGCAACCGUUACCUCCCGCCCAGACCGAGUAACGGUGGUGGCCCUUUAACGAACGGGAGUUAUAGGCUUGAUAACAAUGCUGGGCUCAUGAGUGGAAAUAUCAAGGUAGAUACAAAUGGGCCAAUGAACGGCCAGAGAACUGCGAGUGGUCCAGUCUCCACAUCGCAUAUCGGACAGCCAAUCUCUGCUACUGCGGUUAUUGUUGAUCUUACGGAAGAAGAUGAUGAUGCCAUGGUUGAGUAGUGUUCGUUUUUGGUGUAUAUUUUGUUGCGGGGGUUUAAUAAUGAUUCAUAUGAUGGUAAUAAUGGAGAGAGCGCUGUGACUUUAGGUUAUUAACGUCAAGUUGAGAUUAAUUUAUGUAGCAAUGUUGGACUCUGAAUAAGAACACA